AUGAGCCUCCCUCGCGCUGCUGGCCGGCUGCUUGCACGCUCGUGGCAGCAGGGCCUUCGAUUCUACUCUGCGGCCGCGCCGUCGCCUUCUGCGCGUCUCAAUCUGCCCAUCGACUACAAAACCACCCCUCUGCUGCAUCAUACGCCGUCGUCCCUCGCGAAUUCGCUGGAGCUCCCGAAAAAUGCCAGCACAAAACAGAUCAAUCUGUACCAGGCAAUCAAUGCGGCGUUGAGGACCGCCAUGUCGGCCUCCGACAAGGUCAUCCUGUUCGGGGAAGAUGUCGCCUUUGGCGGUGUCUUCCGCUGUUCCAUGGACCUACAGAUGGAGUUUGGGUCUGAAAGGGUGUUCAACACUCCAUUGACGGAGCAGGGCAUCGUGGGCUUCGCAAUUGGAGCCGCCGCGCAGGGGUUGAAACCCGUGGCGGAGAUCCAGUUCGCAGACUACGUCUUUCCUGCUUUUGACCAGAUUGUCAACGAAGCGGCCAAAUUCAGAUAUCGAGAGGGCACUACAGGAGCUAACGUCGGGGGCUUGGUGAUUAGAAUGCCCUGCGGUGGUGUCGGACACGGUGCUUUGUACCAUAGUCAGUCUCCAGAAGCACUCUUCGCUCAUGUACCCGGCGUACGCGUGGUGAUCCCGCGUUCUCCCUCGCAGGCAAAAGGUCUUUUGCUGUCCGCGAUUCUCGAGUGCAACGAUCCCGUGAUCUUCAUGGAACCGAAGAUCCUCUACCGAGCCGCGGUCGAGCACGUGCCCAUCGAGUCCUAUACCCUUCCCCUCAGCAAAGCUGAAGUGAUCAAGCCGGGCACAGAUCUGACGAUCAUCUCCUACGGGCAGCCUCUCUAUCUCUGCUCAGCAGCAAUUGCGGCCGCGGAGAAUGCAAGGAAAGGGCUGAAAGUUGAACUCAUCGAUCUGAGAACUAUCUACCCGUGGGAUCGACAGACCGUGCUGGAGAGCGUCCGGAAGACGGGGAGAGCCAUCAUAGUCCACGAGAGCAUGAUCAACUAUGGAGUAGGUGCCGAGGUUGCGGCAACGAUCCAGGAGGGCGCCUUUUUGCGGCUGGAAGCCCCGAUCAAGCGGGUGGCUGGUUGGAGUACUCAUACGGGUCUGGCGUAUGAGCAGUUUAUUCUGCCGGACGUAGCAAGGAUAUACGAUGCGAUCAUACAGACGCUGGACUACUAA